CUUCUGGCUAACAAGAACAUCUGGUGAUGGUAUUUUAAGCCCUGAAAUGUCCUGGUAUAACAGUUAACAACUAGUACUCAUUUUACAGAUUGUCUAAAUGACCAGCCCAAAAUCAUUCAGCUGGUCAGUGGCAGACAUAGGAAUAAAAGCUGUAACUCCUGAUGUUCAGUCCCUUCUUCAACUCUGAGAGAACAACCACAGAAAAUAGCUUGUUGUGUUUACUUCUCAAGAGAGCGGACAUUGUGACCAGAAAAAAUAAGCAAUGACAUUUUUCUGUGAAUGAUGAUGGAAUGAAAUCAGAGUUCCAAAUGUCCAUCUACCUGACUGAUAAGACAAGAAGAACUGUGACCCUCUCAUGCAAAUCAUGAAUAGAUCUACUAAGCACAUACUCAAAUUAGAUUGUCAGGUGAGUGCUCCAGAAGAACAAACAGAGGUAGCAAUGGCAAAUUUUCCACUCUCCCCAGUCAGACCUCCAAGCAGGCAAGUACCAUCACCAUCAAUGAGCAACAGUCAUCUCCCACCCCUGAGAGCAUCAGGCAAGCAAUCACCAUCAUCAUCAUCAAUGGCAACUGCUCCAUUCCCUCCAUUAAGAGCUCCAGAAAAGCAAAUGUCUUUCUCCUCUUCCUCCUCCUCAACUACAAAGGUUUUUCUUCCUCCAUUGAAUGUUUUAGAUAAGAAAGCAGGAGUAAUGAUCAAACCCCCUUUGCUGCCUCCAUUGAGCCCUUCUGUUGAACAUGAAGAAUCAACACCACCAGCAACAACCUCAUCUUUUCAGAGCCCCCUUGAUAGAGCCCAAGCAGCAAAGAACAAAGGAAACAAGUAUUUUAAAGCAGGAAAAUAUGAGCAAGCUAUUCAGUGCUACACAGAGGCCAUCAGUUUAUGUCCUCCUGAGAAGAACUUUGACCUUUCCACUUUCUACCAGAACAGAGCUGCUGCAUAUGAACAACUGCAAAAAUGGAAAGAAGUGGCACAAGAUUGCACAAAGGCAGUUGAGCUUAAUCCUAAAUAUGUGAAAGCGCUCUUCAGACGUGCAAAGGCGCAUGAGAAACUAGAUAAUAAGAAGGAGUGUUUAGAAGAUGUCACUGCAGUGUGUAUUUUAGAAGGUUUCCAAAACCAGCAAAGCAUGUUAUUAGCUGAUAAAGUUCUUAAACUACUUGGAAAAGAAAAAGCCAAAGAGAAAUAUAAGAACCGUGAGCCUUUGAUGCCUUCACCACAGUUCAUCAAAUCUUACUUCAGCUCUUUCACAGAUGACAUCAUCUCUCAACCUCUGCUUAAGGGUGAGAAAUCUGAUGAAGAUAAGGACAAGGAGGGGGAAGCUUCAGAAAUUAAAGAAAACUCUGGAUAUUUAAAGGCAAAACAGUAUAUGGAAGAAGAAAGCUAUGACAAAAUCAUCAGUGAGAGCACAAAAGAAAUUGAUGUUAAAGGCAAAUAUAUGGCAGAAGCUUUGCUGCUGCGAGCCACUUUCUAUCUGCUUAUUGGCAAUGCAAAUGCUGCCAAACCUGAUUUAGAUCAGGUCAUCAGUAUGGAAGAUGCUAAUGUAAAGCUCCGUGCUAAUGCCCUGAUCAAACGAGGCAGUAUGUAUAUGCAGCAGCAACAGCCUAUGCUAUCUACGCAAGAUUUUAACAUGGCUGCUGAUAUUGACCCUCAGAAUGCAGAUGUGUACCACCACAGAGGACAGCUGAAAAUCCUACUUGAUCAUGUUGAAGAAGCUGUGGAAGACUUUGAUGAAUGUAUUCGAUUACGACCGGAUUCUGCGUUGGCACAAGCACAGAAAUGUUUUGCAUUGUAUCGCCAGGCCUACACAGGAAAUAAUCCUUUACAAGUUCAGAUAGCCAUGAAAGGCUUUGAGGAUGUCAUUAAAGCUUUCCCAAGGUGUGCUGAAGGCUAUGCACUCUAUGCUCAGGCAUUAACAGAUCAGCAGCAAUUUGAGAAGGCUGAUGAAAUGUAUGAUAAAUGUAUUGACCUUGAGCCAGACAAUGCUACUACGUAUGUUCAUAAAGGUUUACUUCAACUUCAGUGGAAGCAGGAUCUAGACAAAGGCUUGGAGCUCAUAAGCAAGGCCAUUGAAAUUGAUAACAAAUGUGAUUUUGCAUAUGAAACUAUGGGAACGAUUGAAGUGCAAAGAGGCAAUCUGGAUAAAGCCAUCGACAUGUUCAACAAAGCUAUUAACCUGGCCAAAUCUGAAAUGGAAAUGGCCCACCUCUAUUCACUCUGUGAUGCUGCCUAUGCCCAGACAGAAGUUGCAAAGAAAUAUGGACUGAAACCACCAACAUUGUAAAAGAACAAUGGAGGAGGGAGGGAGAGAAUGACCUUUUAAAAGUAAAUUUGCCCACUUCAACCUAGCUUUGAAGACACUGUUGCAAACUAUGUUGAAUGGUGGAACUUAGUUUUUUCUCGUUUGUGGAGUUGUCAUUUGUUAUAUCUGUUAAAUGUUUAGGUGUUGUGGGAGUGGCUGUUUUCAGGAAGUAUGUUGUGCUGCACCUUGUUCUGGAUGCAGUGGAAACCUUAUCAUCUGGAAAGGAAAAGUUGCAAAGAACAAGGGAUAUUUUGGCCAUGCAAAUAAAAAACUUUAAUACUUGGGUGAUAUUGCUAUGGACGAUUUUUGCUUUAUCAAAAUAGUAUUUUACAGCAUGUUUUCCUGUUGAUUUUAUAGUUAAUAAUAGUGCUGUAAAAUAGGUUUAUUUUAUAUGCAGUUAAUUUCUAUGGGUUGAUUUUAGUUUUGCAAAAACAAAACUUAAUAUACAAAACUAUUUAAUAUUACGGAUUUUUUUAAAAGCCUAUAGAUGUGAAGACAAAGCCUGUAAAUAAAUCCAAGCAUGCACAAUCUUCCCUUACAACCUCUUCCACCCUCUGCAUAACUACUUAGAAAUGGUCCUGUGGCAGCUAUUAAGCACUUGUGUACUGUAACCGAGAGCUAUUUAAAAAAACCUUUCUAGAUAAGGUAUAGGUUAUACUGAAAAGGAAAAUACCAUUUCCUUCUACAGUUGUGCUCGCUCUAAUGCCAGUGGAAAUUGUUCAAAAGUUUCCCAGUGCUGCUGAGAAUUUUUCAAGAAACUGAAUAUACUGCUGAGACUGAAAAUGGCAAGGUAUGGUCAUUACUGAGUUCAAACUUGUGACAGUUCAGAAAUGGAUACAUCCUUGUUCUAACCAAGUCCUUGUAAAUACCCAUUACCAGCUUGGAUGAGAGAAUGAAUAAAGCUUCAUAUGGAUGGCCCAAUAAUGGAUUCGGAAUCGUAAGGGUUUUUUUUUUUUUUUGUAAUUUAGAGUCUAUAUUUGUUAAACUAUAAAUAUUCUAUACUAAUAACAUAGUUGUUCCAUGAACAACACAUUCCUUCUGAUUGACUUUUUCUUAAAACACUAGUAUAAACAAAGUGUUUCUUUGGUUAGGAGUUGCACAGAGGACUUGUAGAUGCCGCACAUUGCUCUUUUGGAACCAUAGUGAGUUCAUGGCUGCCUCCCACUAGCUUCAUGGGACACAGGGAGCUCUUAAUAACUUGCAGAUGCAAAAUAAACAUCUCAUCGCAUUGCAUUUCCUUAAUGUUUGGGUCUAUAUCAAAAUAUAUGCAAAACUAUACUGACUUUCCAAUCUAUGUCAUGUCACUUAAAGUAACGUGCUAAGCAAGUGCAAAAUUGUCAGCUGCUAUUUCUGGCAUCUAAGGGGGCAAGCUGUAUUUUUUACCUUAGUUUCCCUUACUUUUCCUUCCCUCCCAGCAAUUGCUCUGAAUAAUGGGGUGGAGGAGGGCCUGCAGACAGAGCAGCUUAAUCCUCCCAUUUAUUCGAGUCAGGAAGUCCUGUUCUCCUGAACCAGUGGUGUUGGUGUGGAAUGAAAGAUGUGUUGAAGACACAAGCAGUCUUAAAGGAUACUGCAUUAAAGAAAAGUAGUGAGCUUCUUAUGAAAUUUUCAAUCUGUACUUCUAUGAGUUGAGAAUAAAAACAUGCCCAAAUUCUCAAACUAUUCCUAAGCUUGAUUGUAUCCUGUUCUCCAGCAGGGUUUUUAUUUGCAUGGCCUUAUCUACAGCUGAAGUUAAUUUUCCUCUUCCUCCUCCAAAAGAUUAAGGGAAAAAAGCAUGUGCUGCCUAAUACUAGCAUUCCACAUCAUGGACUGUUGCCUGUUCUUCAGAUAGUUGAAGCCACACUGAAAGAUGCAUUUGUCUGUAAUUUUUUUUUUUGUAAAUGACUUACCACCUGUAAAGUCACUGAAUAAAUAUUACAUUCAAAUCU